GUAACAGCACUUGCUCCAUUGCAGGUAUGCCUGUGAUCUGUUUCUGGUUAAGGUGUUUCGAGAAUUUAUAGGUGAUAGGUUAGGGUUUGAAAAGGAAAUGAAGAGUAAAGAAAUCCCCUGUGCUCUCUAUAGACAAGUGUAACAUGAGAAGACAAAUACAUUUGUUUCCAGAAGAGAUGACCAGAUGGAAUGAGAUAAUAGACUGGUGUGAGGAGUUUGCAUGGGAGGGUUUUUGUAACAAGCGACUUGUGGCCUUAGUGCCAAAUGACACUUCAUUCAACACCAGACGAGCCUACACCAGUGAAGAUGAAGCCUGGAAGUCGUAUUUGGAGAAUCCCCUUACAGCAGCUACCAAGGCUAUGAUGAGCAUAAAUGGUGAUGAGGACAGUGCUGCUGCUCUUGGCCUCUUGUAUGACUAUUAUAAAGUUCCCAGAGAUAAAAGGCUGUUGUCUGUUAACAAAGUGAGUGAUAAUCAAGAAGACCAAGAUAAAAGAAAUUGUCUUAAUACCACGGAAGCUCAGAAUAACUUAAGUGGGGGAGAGAACCGUGUGCAAGUCCUGAAGACAGUGCCAGUUAACCUUUCCUUGAACCAAGAUCCUUUGGAGUCAUCCAAAAGAGAAUACAGCACAAAUGUGUCUGGGAGCUCAACACCCAUCACGGGAUCUGCAGUGACUGUGGUUAAAGCAGAGGAAUUCACCCCUGUUUUUAUGACCCCACAAACACACUAUGCAAGAGGAGAAAACGAGGAGCACCGAGGUGUUAUCUUUGAACCAUAUGAAGUGUCCAACAUUGCUCCCCACACAAAUUAUCUUAAAGAUGAUCAGCGCAGUACUCCUGACAGUACCUACAGUGACACCUUCAAAGAUGGUGGAACAGAAAAGUAUCGGAGUGUGUCAGUGGGGGCUGAAGAAUAUAUUUAUGAACAAACAAGCAGCACUUUUCAGUAUACGCUAGAAGCUACCAAGUCUCUGCGUCAAAAGCAAGGGGAAGGACCCAUGACCUACUUGAACAAAGGACAGUUCUACGCCAUCACCCUGAGCGAGACGGGUGACAACAAAUGCUUCCGGCAUCCCAUCAGCAAAGUCAGGAGUGUGGUCAUGGUUGUUUUCAGUGAGGAUAAAAACAGAGAUGAACAGCUGAAAUAUUGGAAGUACUGGCAUUCCCGGCAGCACACAGCUAAACAGAGAGUCCUUGACAUUGCUGAUUACAAGGAGAGUUUUAAUACCAUUGGGAAUAUUGAAGAAAUUGCAUUCAAUGCUGUGUCCUUUACUUGGGAUGUCAAUGAGGAGGCAAAGAUUUUCAUCACAGUGAAUUGCUUGAGCACAGACUUCUCCUCACAAAAAGGAGUAAAAGGGCUUCCUUUGAUGAUCCAGAUCGAUACUUACAGCUACAACAACCGCAGCAAUAAACCUAUCCACCGAGCCUACUGCCAGAUCAAGGUUUUUUGUGACAAGGGAGCAGAAAGGAAAAUCCGAGAUGAAGAGAGAAAGCAGAACAGGAAGAAAGGCAAAGGCCAGGCAUCCCAAGCCUCAUGUAAUAAUGCAGCUGAAGGGAAGUUGAGUGCACUCCCUCUGCAGAAAAAGAGUGAUAUCACCUUCUUCAAAACAAUGGCUGACCUGGAUUCCCAGCCCGUUCUCUUCAUACCGGAUGUUCACUUUGGAAACCUACAAAGAACUGGACAGGUUUACUAUAAUACAGAUGAUGAGAGAGAAGGGAGCAGUGUCCUGGUCAAAAGGAUGUUCCGGCCUGUGGAGGAAGAGUUUGGUCCUUCCCCUUUGAAACAAAUCAAAGAAGAAGGUCUGAAAAGAGUGCUUUUGUAUGUGAGGAAGGAGACAGAUGAGGUGUUUGAUGCUUUGAUGCUGAAAUCACCCACAGUGAAGGGGCUAAUGGAAGCUAUCUCUGAGAAAUAUGGACUGCCAGUUGAAAAAAUUGCAAAACUUUAUAAGAAGAGUAAAAAGGGCAUCCUGGUAAACAUGGAUGACAACAUUAUUGAGCACUACUCCAACGAGGACACAUUCAUCCUGAACAUGGAGAGCAUGGUUGAAGGCUUCAAGAUCACACUGACAGAGAUCUAGCCUCAGACAGAGCCAUUUUGUAAGGAACCACAGCAUUUCAUCCUUCUUGGAAAGCAGAUUCCCCAUAAACUUGACAGACAUUGAUCAGAGAAACUGUUACAAGACUGCAUUGAAAACACUGUCCAUUCUGCUCCUGUGCACCCACUGCAGAUAGACUGGGGUUUGUCAAGCACAAGGCCAUUCACAGUAACCUGGUCCCUUAUUUAUUGUUCCUCACUCUCUAGUGUACAAGCAGUUACCAGCCCCCAGAUUUGUGACCAGAUGACCCACUGCAAAUGUGAAAUGCAGCAUUUUAAUCCAUACUUCAGUGUGGAUAAGCUCAUUCUAAAACAUUCAGUAACUAUGCUGGUCUAAUUUCAGAAAUCUGGUAUAAAUCACUUUAACAGUAGUUCUUUCUGUCAUUGCUAAAAAUCUGUUGCAGUGCUAAAGAUGGGCAAAGUGGCUGACAGUUCACUUGCUCAGACUGAUCCAUAUCUCUCUAUACUGUAUAGUCUUGCCAAAUACCUCUGGUAGUUCUCAGCAUGUAGCAAUGAGGACUUGUAAGUAAGGCAUUCAGCUACAAAUGUCACUUGUAAGUAAAUGGUAAAGAAACCAUUUUAACCUUGUAUAUAAUGUUUAUAAUAUGCAAUAAUAUAUUUUAACUACUGUAUGUGGGCAUGUUUACUGCCACUAUGUUUUUGUAUGUAUUUGGUUUAGGGUUUAAUAGAAUCUUUCCUAGAGGAUUAAAUUGCUGCAAUCUGUUAAAGAGUGUGUACUGAGAAGCUGAUAACUGAAUCUGUAAUCAUAUGCUCCAUCCUUGCUCACACAAUUGUCUAUUGAAAUAGUAGAGCAGACUCUGCUACUGGGUCUUGGAUGCUCUGGCACAAUGGGGCCCACCUUAGGGUGCCCAAGUCCCAGCUGUAAAUACCUGAGUCUCCCAUCCAGCUGUAGCAAAAUCCAAGAGACACCAUGUGUCUCCUGCCUGGUUUGCCAUGAGGUACAGAAGGGACUUCUUCCUGGUUGUCUUCCUUUGAUGAGGCAGAGGCUCCUAAAGGGGUCUUUUCUCAAACCUGUGGUGGGAAGGUUCUUUCUGCAGCAGCCUGUGCAUCAAAGCAUUUUUCUAGACUGUAAGAAACAGGACUUCAGGCUCUUCCUUUUAAGUGUAUUUGCUCUUGUAUUUCCAUUGAAUGAUUCAGCUGUGAUUCCUAGGACACUUGGGUGAUGUAUAAGCCUGGGCUUGAUGUAAAUAUUUUAUCAAAACUGGAACAAUUUUUCCACUGGAGACUGAGUAUCCCACAACUGAGGAGUGGAGAUUGGUCUCUCUCUCAAGGGCUGCAUCCCAAGUUGAACUACAUGGUUAUUCCAUCAGAUUCCACACCUGCCUUAUGAAUUCUGUGAAGAGAUAAAGUUUUUAGGCUAAAAUCAUACCAGGAAAGGGGUUCAAGGCCUGAAUGUCCCUAUGACAUCCAAACCCAGCAUCUCUCUUUCUCUCCAUUCCAGCUCCUCUGGCUGUUGUGAAGAGCUCCUCACUUAGCAUAUAAUUCCAUAAGUUUCAGUUGCAUUUUAUUCUCUACCACUGUACAUGGAUCCUGUGUGACAGAAGUGGGGUCCUUUCCUGCAUGCAGCCUUUAAAGUUUAUUCUAUUCAUUCUAAAACCUUUUCUCAUUUAGUCACACAACCUUUAUUAUUUGGUGGUUAAUGGCAGAAAGAAACACUGCCAUGUUUAACAGGGUUCAUGUGUAGAGCUGUUUGCAUUCAAGCAAAGUAGCUGGGAUAACUGACUAGUCUGAUUUGGCCAUAUCUGCAUGAAUUCCUUUAAUAGAAAUGUUAAGUACAUAUCAAGGUUUCUGUGGGACCAGAAACUGUAAAAGGUUCAGGCUGGUAGCACCAGUGCUAACAUACCAAGAAUUCACAUAUGCCUGUGAAGCAAAGUGUAUAUUCUGUCUUUCUCCUGCCCUUUUCUUUUGUCAUGCACUCUUUCCCCUUCUGAUGCAGAGUUCUGUUGUAGUUUCCUUAACUUUAUAUAAAAAUGCACUCCAGCAAAGAUGCUCUUGCUAUGCUGCUCAAGAGCUAACAGUCUGGGAAUACAAGAGAUGUAUGAUGGUUCCAUUUGUUUCUACUUGGCUCAGACUGAGAUAAAAAGUCUACGCUGACUUAUCCCAGAUUUUUUUUUCUUAAAGAAAAAAAGAGGACAGUUGGUAUAGGAGGCAUUAGGAACUGGGACCAGCACACAGGACUGGUGAGCAAUACUGCUAGUUCUUGUAUUUCUCUGUUGGUGUUUGGAAUCCUCAGAAUAUCAUCUGGGAUCUCUCAGCUGGUCAAGAUGUCUGGGCAGAAGCUGCAGGUGAAGCAAAGGAGUAUGGAAAAUGUAUGCAGGAGUUGAGCCCUAGUUCUGCCCCCAACAAACCUGCUGUCCAAGGGAAUACUUGAGGCUGGCCUGGGCUGAAAUGUGCUGCAUUAAGAAAGGCCAGUGAGAAUUUAGGAAUCACAGAGGACAGGCAGUCCUGGCAGCACCAGCACUCAGGUUAGUGGGAUGGUUUUGUCUUACAUUUGGGUUGAGAUGAGCUGAGAUCUAUUGGGUGCUGCAGCAUCCUGUGAUGAGGAGCAGUGUAGGAUCAGUGAGAAGAGCAGAGCUUCUGGAAUACUGGGGCUGAACGAGCUUUCCAUUGUCCUUUUAGGAGCUUUCAGUCAGCCACUGUGAAGAAAAGGAAAGUUGCUUCCAAGAUUAACUGAAAGCUAUUCUAAAUACAUCUUAAAGUGUGCAAAUUCCUGAUAGUAGAAAGCUAAUACUCCUGCCUUUAGUUCCUUUUUACAGUCUCAAUGAAGUUAUCAGGAAGGUGCCUAGAUUGGUGGUAAGAUUAUUUUUAAACAACAGCUAGAGCUGGGUAAGGAUGAUCACCCUUUACUUUAUCUCCCAGGGUCUGAGGACUUUGUUUCUCUGCUCCAGAUGCAGGUGCAUCACAAGCACUAAGACUGAGUAUCCAUGCUGCACCCCUUCAGUUGUAAUUAUAACAUCAGCUGCUGGAGGAGCACUGAACCUUGGAUGCUGCAAGUUCUCAGGGUUCACCUUUUUAGUCCAAAUCAGCCCAUCAGAGUGGUGGGAAAGGGGCAAGAGUGGUAUGAGUAAAGCAAACUUCUGAAGCAGUGGCUGCUUUGUGCCCUGCUUGACUCAGAUAUCCUGAGGAGUACACAGUGCUUACAUGUAUAUUGUUUAAAAUAUGCAUGUUGCUUUUGUUUGAUAAAAAAUAUUGAUUAAUGCUGGAUCUUCCAAAUAUUAUGAUUUAAAUGGAAGUAAGAUUUGUCUACUGUUCAGCAGGGGACAGGAAUAUCUGCCUUGCCUCCUUUUGUCUCUUUGUGGCACUGCUAUGGUGGUUUAUUUUGAAGAACAAAAUUCUCAUUUCCUUCUCUUCUUCAAGACAGUAAUCUUGAAUCUUAACUCGUGCAGCCUGAAGAGUGGCUUGCUACUCAGUGUAUUUUCCCUAUGAAGGAAAUGCAGUGUCUGUAGGUGUUAUGUUUUGAAAGACUCUAGAUAGAGAUGCACAAAAAGAAAUCAGUCUUCUAAUUUUGAUUCCUGCUUCAAAUUUGGCACUUUGUCCGUCCAUUUGAUGUUUUAUUAUGAGAUCCCAUUCAAAUUCUCAAAUUCUAGUUCUUUCUCACAGUCAGAUGCUGAUAUUCCCAAAAUAAUGUGCAUCCCUUGAGCAAAGCUUUGUGGAUGUACGAUGAUCACCCCAUCAAGACAUUUUGGAGGAUUUCUAACACUGAGUGUUACAACAAAGAAAAGAAUGGCUUUUUUCAUGUGUGUCCUGUCUCACAAAGUUUUUGGUCAAUGGAAUUCAGAGAUCAAGUGUCUUUCUUAUAUAUUGUUCUCUUUUGUUCUAUGAAUUGUUUAAAUGUAAAUUAAUUCAAACAGUUAGUAAAAUCUAAGCUCUCUAGCUGUCAGAGAUGCUGUAAAUUGAUUGAAGUGGAACUGGAAAGGAGUAUCUUAUGACUUAUAAAAUGUAAAGCUUAUUAAAUGUUUAUAUGCUCUUCCAUUUCCUAUUAAUUGAGACAAGAUACAAACAAGAAUGUUUGUGCCAAAGAUUGUGACAAGCCGUCUUUCUGGCAAACAAGGAAACAAUGUAUAAAUAGUGUGCUUUUAUAUUAAGAAUAUAGCUCAUGUAACUUAAUAGUGUUGCAACUGGGAGAGGGGUUUGAUAAGCUGUAAAUACAGUUAUUUUAUUUUUUGUACAUUUUUAAGAAGGAAAAAAAUAAAUAUUCCUAUGUAUGAGAUAAUA